GUCCUUCUCCUCCUCGUAACCCCAUUCGUCCAUUUGUAACUGAGGCUGAGCUGAUACCGAUACUGGAUGGACAUCCGGUCAUUGCUCCCACUGUCAACCAGUUUAGAGCAAUAGAUACCCUGGGCGAUGAGGCUUCUGAAGGUGUGGCUACCAUUUCCCCCAAGGCCGAAUCUCCUCCUGAGUUGUCAGAGUGGCAAAAACACACCGUCAAGAAGAGGAAAGCCGUGGAGAUUAGUGAAUCCAAUCAAGGCGAGGAAGUGAUUUCUCCUUUUUGCCCUGUUCUGAAGGCCAAAGGCAGAAGGAUUACCAUGAAAAACUUUGUUGUGGUUGAUGUGAAUGUUGUCGUUGGCAAAGCCAAGGGAGUGAUCCUUCCUCUGGAUCUCGUUGUCAUGCCCUAA